AAUGACAGCUCAGAAUUUAUGCUCAACUGCCCAACUGCGACACCCCAACUGACACUUUCGGGCAGCUGGCCAGAAUUAAGCACACCAAUAUGGCCACACCAGACGAGCCCCUGCAGACCCGCAUAGUCGACGACAAAUCGCCCAUCUGCAUCCCUUUCAUCCUAUCACGUAUCGCAGAGUACAGGAAACAGCAUGCUGGGGAAGACAACCCGCGGCCGUUUAUAGUAGGCCUGAACGGGGUCCAGGGAGUGGGCAAAACCACCCUCGUACGCGCCCUAGCCGAGACGCUUCAGGAGCGCGAGGGGUUGCCCACUUUGGUAGUGAGCAUCGACGACUUUUACCUUACACACGCAGACCAGCUCGCGCUGGCGGCGGCGCAUCCCGACAACGCGCUGGUACAGUGUCGCGGCGAGCCAGGAACGCACGACAUCCCCCUCCUCACCAGCUUCCUCGCCUCCCUCACCGCCAACCAACCGACCCCGAUCCCCCAAUACGACAAAUCCGCCUUCUCCGGCCUCGGCGACCGCCUCCCCCCCCCCAGCUGGCCACAAACCUCCGCCAGCAACCCGCCGCGCGUGGUCAUCCUCGAAGGGUGGUGCAUCGGCUUCCGCGCCCUCCCCCCCGCCGAACUAACCCGCCGCUGGCAGCAGCCCGCCACGCGCACCCUGCACCAGCACAAGCUCGAACACCUCGAAUGGAUCAACACCCAACUGACCCACUACGAAACAGCCCUCCACGGCACGCUGGACGCGUUCGUGCACGUGGACGCGGCCGACAACGGGUAUGUGUACGAGUGGCGGGCCGAGCAGGAGGCACAGCUGCGGCGGGAGCGCGGGAGCGGCAUGAGCGAGGCGCAGGUGCGCCGCUUCGUGGACGCCUACUUCCCCGCGUACGAGCUGUACACGGACGGGGUGCGGCGCGGGGUGUUUGAGGGCGUGGAGGGUCGCCGCCGGGAGGGGUGUCAGUUGCGGAUUGUGGUCGGGAGGGAUCGUGGGGUCGUGGAGAGUAUGGUUAUUUAGAUGAGCUAGAUUGGUGGAUAAGGGCGGUGAUGGUUGCUGGAGAGCUUGCGUUGAAAAAAGAAACAGAUAAAGUAUAUAAUUGUGGGUUUUUAAAAGUGAGUAGAGAGAAGAGAGUCUACCAGAUACCAGCUACAUACCCAGCCAUCUAUGUAUGAAUCCUCAGAGCAUGCAUAAUGGGAUGAGAGAAACGCAGCUAUGCCUCCAUGAAAUGAAACGUAAUAACCGCCUGUCCACCCCGCUGUAUCCCAUUUUGUCGUGAAAUCGUCAA